AUGUCGGGGCGCCGUAGUGCUAAAAGGGGUGCCCAGGGUGCCCCGGAUCACUCAUCCGCCUUUGAUCUUCACCUCUUGAGUGCCCUCAGAGAUACCCCAGCUACUCACUUCUCAGUCAGGCAGCCGUGGGAUGCCAGCAUUUGCUCUGAUGCGUCCGCCAGGAAGAGGUUCAUGCCGGGGCUUCCGGCUCCGCAGAGAUUGCUCCCGCCUGCAGUUCCCGAGAGAGAAGCAUCUCAUCCUGAGGCGGCGAGGAUGCAGAGCAGGCUCGAUGCCGCGGGUGCCAAGUUUGCUAGAAGGACAAAACAUGUUUCUUGGGACGCGAAGGAGACUGAGGAGAAGAAUUUUGCUUUAUUUAAGUGGCUUAAGAUCAUUGAGCGAGGGCCGUGGGACUUUGCUGUGUCUCGUGAUUUCUUGAGGGCCCGCUUGUUGGGGCUCGGUGCUGGUGAUCUUCUUGAGAGUAUUUCGAAUGCUCUGUCUGCAAAGAGCACUGCGACUCUGCAUACGAGAGCAGGUCCGAUGAUCAGAUAUCUGGCUUUCUGUGACCUGGAAGGUAUUGAGCCCUUCCCAAUCAGAGAGGAGGUCAUGUAUAAGUUCUUCUACGACAUGCAGACACAGGUAGCAGCAACAUUCUUCAAGUCUGUGCUUUCCUCGCUGGCUUUCGGCCGCUUCGUGUUGGGACUCGACAGUGCAGUGCUGGCGCUUGAUUCUCUGAGGGUGAAAGGGCUCGCCAGAAAGCUGUACCUGGGCAUCAGGCGAUUGCAGCAGAGACCGCCACUUCGAGUCAAGGACGUAAUCAGGCUGGAGCUGAUUUGCACGGGCGAUAUACCUCGCUCAGCCCUCGAUGUGGUAAUGGCAGGCUUCGUCCUCUUUAUGGUGUUCGCUAGAGCACGUCAUUCUGAUGCCCAACAUGUUUCCUUGUUGUUUUUCGAGCUUGACUUCCGGGGUGAUUUGCCUGCUGGCUUUAUCAACGCGGAGGUAAAGAAAACGAAAACAAGCUUCACUGUGGAGCGGAAAACAAAAUUUUUGCCUAUGCUGGCGCCGGCGCGGGGUCUCAGCGGCAAGUGUUGGGCAUCAGGGUGGAAGGCGGCGCUCGAGAAGGAGAACAUCACUGCAGGGGAAGGGAAACCUCUCAUGCCGUCACCCAAGAGUGGGGGAGGAUGGAAUGUGAUCCCGCAAACUGCUCAGGCUUCUGGGCAGUGGAUGCGUGCUCUGCUCAGUGAUGGCACUGAUGAUCCCUACUUGCUUGGGCUGGGGACGCACUCAGCCAAAGCCACACUCUUGUCGUGGCUAAACAAGAAGGGUGUGGCUCGAGAUGUCACUGCAUUGUUGGGUUAUCACGCAACAAAAGAUGCUGGCAUAGGUACGGAGAUCAUCUACGCCAGGGAUGCCAUGGCAUAUCCCUUAAGAGUCUUGCAGGAGCUCGUCGAUGAGGUCCGUGAUCGUACUUUCAGGCCUGAUGAGACCAGAGGCCUUAUGACGGCCGCGGAGAGGGAGGCUGCGGGAGUUCGCGACGAUGCAGGCGCAGAUUGCUCGUCGUCCUCUUCUGAGGAUGAGGAGUGCCCGCGCCAUGAUGAGGGUGCUGAGGGACGUGUUUUGGGCCCGUGGGCCGGUCGUGUAGAUAAAUCUAAAAUUCCUGAUGAGGCGGUCAUGGCUAGGAACGAAACCUCGCGAGUUUUGCACAUUUCACGUGAGGAGCAGGCCACCGCUUUCAUUUGUGGCAGAAAGAUUACGGCUGCCUAUGAGGUGUGCGAUGCACACCCACCCGUUUUGUAUCCAAGGUGCAAGCAGUGCUUCAGAAGCUUUCUGGAAUCAGUCAAUGCGUGA